AAAAAAAAUUACCCCAAUCCACGCCUGCAAAUUCUUCUGGAAGGAUUUUUCCCCCUCUCUCCAGGUUGGGCGCGUUUGGUGCAAGAUUCUCGGGACCCUCCGCGUUACCGCUCCCUCCCCCUCCCCCUCCUUUCCUUUUUCCUUUCCUUUCCUUUCCUUUCUUUCUUCCUUUCCUCCCCCCACCCCCACCCCAAACAAACAAGUCCCCAAUUCUCGUCGGUCCUCGCCGCGGGCAGCGGGCGGCGAAGGCAGCGCGCCGCGGUCGCCGGAGCGGGGAGCCCCGGGCGCGCGCUCCUCGGCGCAGCAUGUUCCAGCCGGCGCCCAAGCGCUGCUUCACCAUCGAGUCGCUGGUGGCCAAGGACAGUCCCCUGCCCGCCUCCCGCUCCGAGGACCCCAUCCGCCCCGCGGCGCUCAGCUACGCCAACUCCAGCCCCAUAAACCCGUUCCUCAACGGCUUCCACUCGGCCGCCGCCGCCGCCGCCGCCGGCAGGGGCGUCUACUCCAACCCGGACUUGGUGUUCGCCGAGGCGGUCUCGCACCCGCCCAACCCCGCCGUGCCAGUGCACCCGGUGCCGCCGCCGCACGCCCUGGCCGCCCACCCCCUGCCUUCCUCGCACUCGCCACACCCCCUCUUCGCCUCGCAGCAGCGGGACCCGUCCACCUUCUAUCCCUGGCUCAUCCACCGCUACCGGUAUCUGGGCCACCGCUUCCAAGGGAACGACACAAGUCCGGAGAGCUUUCUUUUGCACAACGCGCUGGCCCGAAAGCCGAAGCGGAUCCGAACCGCCUUUUCCCCAUCCCAGCUUUUGAGGCUGGAACACGCUUUCGAGAAGAACCAUUACGUGGUGGGCGCCGAGAGGAAGCAGCUGGCGCACAGCCUCAGCCUCACGGAAACUCAGGUAAAAGUAUGGUUUCAGAACCGAAGGACGAAGUUCAAAAGACAGAAGCUGGAGGAGGAAGGCUCAGAUUCGCAACAGAAGAAGAAAGGGACACAUCAUAUUAACCGGUGGAGAAUCGCUACCAAGCAGGCAAGUCCCGAGGAAAUAGAUGUGACCUCAGAUGAUUAAAAGCACAAACCGAACCCUCCAGACACGGACAACACGGAGCGAAAACAGAGAUAGAGAGAGGAGGAGAAGGAAAAAAAUUACCAAACCAAACCAAACAGCACACACACAUUCGCGGAGAAAGGAGAGGGAGAACGCCAAAGCGGUCGCGGACUUUGGGCUGCGAGAGCCAGGGGCGCGGCCCGCGGCGCCAAGAUGGCAGAGGACGGCUCCUCGUCGACGUGCAACCCUGGUCUAAAGAGGCAGCUGAGUGAGAGAGAGACAGAGGGAGGCAGAGAGAGAGAGAGAGAGAGAGAGAGAGAGAGAUGCAAGUGGCCGAGCGGAAGGCACUCUGGCAAGGGGAACUGUCAGUCAAACAGCAGACCGGAGAAGAGGUGAUUAGCAGGUAUUCCGUUUAUCACAGUCCGAUUUUUAAAAAUUGAUGCUAAUAUGAUGAUAAAAGAAAGAACCCAACCAGGCACAGGACUUUUAAUUUCUUUUUGCACUUCACAGUGUUUCCCCAUCUUUAAAAAGAAUUAGUAAUAAUAACAAUCGAAUUCCAUCUCCAGCCCCAUCCCACACCUGUUCAAAAACUUGAAAUGCAUGUAGCAGUUGUUGGGUGAAUGGUGUCUAAUGACAGAAAACGAAUUGUAAUUUUCUUUUCCUUUUAAAGACAGGUUCUGUGUGCUUUUGCUUUUGAUUUUUUUUUGAGAAAUGUGCAGUCUGUAAACAAUUUUUGAUACCUUCUGACGUCAAAGUGAUUGUGAAAGCUAAAUGAAGUAGGCUCAGCGAUAGUGGUCCUCUUAUGGAGAAAUGGGGAGCAGGUUGGGGGGCUGGGGGGUGGCGGGGGGAGGGUGCCCACAAGUGGAGUCAGGAUUUGUGCUGGAAAAACCCAUAAACUGAUAUUUCUUGGACAUUCCCUUUCCUAAGAACAUCGUGAGGCUUAAACUUCUCCUUUGAGUGGUUGAGAUAUUGGCCCAGUUCAACCAUUCAUGGUAAAGGCCAUUCCAAACUUGAAAUCUAUCUACUGCGAAACCUGAAGGACUGUAGUUAGCGGGGGUGAAAUGUGGGAAGGACAAGGUGGUAAGUUUUCAAGCACUGAGUUUCUAUUCCAAGAUCAUAGACUUACUAAAGAGAGUGACAAAUGCUUCCUUAAUGUCUUCUAUACCAGAAUGUAAAUAUUUUUGUGUUUUGUGUUAAUUUGUUAGAAUUCUAACACACUAUAUACUUCCAAGAAGUAUGUCAAUGUCAAUAUUUUGUCAAUAAAGAUUUAUCAAUAUGCACUCA